GAAGUCCGCCGAGCAGUCGACUCACGCCAUUUUGAAUGAUCGGAAGAAGAGAAGGCUGAAAAGCAGCCCACAAAUCUUAUAAUAUCCUCGUCAUCAGAGGAUCUUGUUGAACAUGGAGAACUCUUACGGCAUAGGGGUUCGUAACCGCUACGAACUCUUCUACAAUGAAGAUGUCGACCCAAUGGAUCUUUUAAAACAAAGUGAAAAGGUGAAGGAUAAGGCCGCUGAGAAGGAAAACAAGGGGAAAACCGCAAAGGCUAAGGCUCCCGUAGUUAAGAAAGGUGUCAAGACCGAACCUGCUCCUAAGGCUGCCGACAAGACGAGUGUACCCGCUACCCAGCAGAAAGGACCACGCACCAACGAUGGACGUGCCAACACGAAUGAUGGACGUGUCAAGUUUUCUGACCGUGAAGAACGCAACAAUAGACGUAACCGACCGGAAGGGGAAUUCAGAGAUGGACCUCCACCUAGAUUUGAUGGUGGUGAAGGACGUGGAAUGGGAAGGGGACGUGGACGUGGAAUGGGACGUGGACGUGGAAGAGGACGUGGAGCACCUGGAGCCCCUGACAACCGUGGCAAACGUGAAUUUGACCGACAGAGUGGAAUGAUGACAACUGGAGUGAAGUCUGUGGACAAACGUGAAGGCUCUGGAUCUUAUAACUGGGGAUCUGACAAAGACCAGAUUGAAGAGCAGCUUAAUGCUACACCAGCAGGAAAUUCUGAUCAUGAUUCUUCAACAGAGAACGUAGAAAAGCCUGCUGAUGACAACGGUGCUAAUGCUGAAGGUGAGGAACCCAAGGAAGAAGAGAGUGUGAAGGAAAUGACUCUUGAUGAAUGGAAAGCAAUGCAGGGUGCACGGAAUAAGCCAUCUUUCAAUAUCCGACGUGCCGGUGAGGGAGAGAAUCAGGCCCAGUGGAAGAAGACCUAUGUCCUCAAGAAAAAGGAGGUUGAGGUUGAAUCUGAUGACGGAGAAUCUGAGGAAGAAGUGCAUCAUGGUCGCAGGAAAGUUCUGCUUGAUAUUGAUUUCCAGUUCUCAGACUCCCCAGCUAGGGGUCGUGGUCGGGGACGUGGACGUGGUGGUAUUGGCCGUGGCCGUGGUGGUGAGCGAAUGGAGCGUGGUGGCCGUGGAGGAGGCCGUGGUGAGCGCCGUGGUGGAAGCCUCAACAGCCGUGGUGGACGAGGAAUGCCCCGUCAAGAGGCUCCGAAAAUGGAUGAUGAACGUGACUUCCCAAGCCUGGGAUAAGUCCAAAUGAGACACCUACUAGUGCUGCUCCUAAAAAUGAGCAAAUCUACAUUGGGUUUGUUCUUGCUAGUCUGGUAGCACUAGUUAAUUACGGGACCCUUACCUGAGCCGAGUUCAAGAGGUUAGGGAUCCCUAUGCGUAAGAGUUCUCCGUUGUUCCAAUCUCAUCAAGCAUCAUUCUCUUUAAAAAUGGCAAGUUUUCCUUCCCCAUCAAGAAUGCUGUGGUGGGAAAGUCAUAACAUUGUGACUAGAUCUCUAAUGAACAUUUUAUUAUAUUGACGUUUGGUACAAGAAUUGACUAGUUCAAUUUUUUGUCACAAGAGCUGAAAGCUUUUCAUUCUUGUUAUUCCGAAGGGAAAAUCUGGAGAAAAUUGUUCUCUAAAAGAUUUUCUGCUAAGAAUUUCUUGUCAGUUCUCCCAAAAGCUUUUGUUGUACAUAUUGAUCAAUAACCGUCAAGGUGGUUGACGGGGUAGUGAUGGUUAUAUAAUGUGUACAUAUGUCUGAAGCCCAUAUUGUCUUUGGUUUUUUGUGUUGUACUAUGGCCGUCACUACCCUGGCGGAGGCUUGCCACGCUUUUUGUACUUGAUAUUGAUUAACACAUAGACCAAUAAAAACAGAAAUUCUCUCA